AGUUCCCUUUAAUGUAUGGAGCAGGCGAAGUUGAGCUGACUCUUAUAAUAUCACAGAACUCGGGCGCAGCUGCUGCUUUAAGUGGCACUGUGUGAUAAUACAACAGCUCUGCUAUUUACUGGGACUCAAGUGCCUGGACUGGCACACAGAGACGUUAUAUGAAAUCCGAAAGCAUGAGGAUAAAGGAGAUUUCUUUGCGGCAAGAUCCUGAUCUAAGGAAGGAGUUGGCAUUGCUAGCUCGAGGAUGUGAUUUUGUGCUACCUUCUAGAUUCAAGAAGAGACUGAAAGCUUUUCAGCAGGUCCAGGUUCAGACAAAAAAGGAAGAAACUUUGCCACCAUCACUUAGCCAAAACAUUCCAACUUUCUAUUUUCCUCGAGGAUGUCCUAAGGAAAAAGUGAAUAUAGAUGCUGUGAUUGCCAAAAUUGAGAGAACUUUCUCUGAGUUUCCAAAUGAGAGAGCAACAAUAGAAGACAUGGGGAAGGUUGCAAAGGCUUGUGAAUGCCCACUUUACUGGAAAGGUCCUUUGUUUUAUUGUGCUGGAGGUGAACGAACAGGAUACGUGUCAGUUCAUAAAUUUGUUGCAAUGUGGCGGAAAGUACUUCAGACCUGCUAUGAUGAUGCUGCAAAGUUUGUUCAUCUUCUAAUGAACCCUGGAUGUAACUACUUGGUGCAAGAAGACUUCAUUCCUUUUUUACAAGAUGUGGUGAAUAGCCAUCCUGGCCUCUCAUUUUUAAAAGAAGCAGCUGAAUUUCAUUCUCGGUACAUUACCACAGUUAUACAGAGAAUAUUUUAUACAGUCAAUAGAUCCUGGUCUGGGAAGAUAACUUGUAAUGAGCUUAGGAAAAGCAACUUUUUGCAGAAUGUGGCGUUAUUGGAAGAGGAAGCUGAUAUUAACCAGCUGACAGACUACUUCUCAUAUGAACAUUUUUAUGUUAUCUAUUGCAAAUUUUGGGAGCUGGAUACAGACCAUGACCUCUAUAUUGAUCGGAAGGAUCUAGCUCGACAUAAUGACCAUGCAAUUUCAAAUAGGAUGAUAGAGCGGAUCUUCUCAGGCGCAGUAACAAGAGGUAGGAAAGCACAAAAAGAUGGGAAAAUUAGCUACGCUGAUUUUGUCUGGUUUUUGAUAUCUGAAGAGGACAAGAAGACACCAACUAGCAUUGAAUAUUGGUUUCGCUGCAUGGAUCUGGAUGGGGAUGGUGCUUUGUCUAUGUACGAAUUGGAGUAUUUUUAUGAAGAACAGUGCCAGAAAUUAGAUAACAUGGCCAUAGAACCUUUGCCAUUUGAAGACUGUUUAUGCCAGAUGCUAGAUCUUGUGAAGCCACAAUGUGAAGGAAAAAUUACUCUGCAUGAUUUAAAGCGAUGCAAGUUGACCAAUGUGUUCUUUGAUACAUUUUUCAACAUUGAAAAAUACCUCGACCAUGAACAGAAGGAUCAGUUUUCUAUGUUGCGGGAUGGUGAAGGUGAAAACCAAGAGGUCUCUGACUGGGAGAAGUAUGCUGCUGAAGAGUACGACAUCUUGGUAGCAGAAGAGGCAGCAAGUGAGCAGUGGAAUGACGGGUAA